AUGCAGGGCAGCAAGGCAGCCAACCUCCUUGAAGAAAAGUGCGCAUCGGGCGGCUGGGGCGCGGCGCUCCAAGGCAUCCUCGGUCUCAUUGGCUACUGCCCCGCGACGCCCGCGUACCUCAACAUGAAGACGCAAGACUCGGUCAACAGUGCCCUCUACAACAGCUUCCUCGCGGCCCAAAGCGCGCGCAACAAGGGGGUGCACAAAGUCAUGUGCGCCGUCAAGUCGUCGGGUCUCGUCUCGACGGACGCCGUCGCGCUCUCGCUCGUGGGCCAAAUGGCCUGGAACAACGACGGUACGCUUCACGACGGUGUCGUCUCCUUCCCAAGCUGCAGCGUCGGGUUUGGCAACUUUGCAACUGAUGCCGAGGCCGGUGCCAACUACAAGGCGAGCGUCAACCACCUCGACUCGAGCUUCCGCAACGGCGACGGUUGGUGGGGCGCCGACCGCAAGCCCGUCAAGUGGUUCGAGUGCGCUUUGUAA